AUGACUUCGCCUCUUCCCAAGGUAUGGUCCUUGUGGAUCUGGGACAAGCACUGUACGUUGAUCUAUCACUCGGAUUAUGCCAAAACCUACGCUUCCGAAGCUCCAUCCACUUCUCGACAAGCACGAUCAGCAGGUCUGACGUUGUUGCCCGGUGUCAGUAGGAACGUUCAGUCAGGAGGUGGUGGUGGGGGUGCUCAGACGGAGAGUAAAGCUGGGGGCGGUGGUAAUAAUUCCAGACUACCCUUGGACGAAGAGGGAAAGCUGGUGUAUGGUGUAGUGUUCAGUCUCAGAAAUAUGGUCAGGAAAUUGAAUGGUCCGUGA